GUUAAAAGACGUAACCUCAAAUUGCUCAAACAAUAACGCCCGGUUAGACUCUCAUGUUAUUAUUCAAAUUAAAAUGGAAACAGAUGCAAAAACAUUCUUAAUUCCAAACGAUGUUUGUAAGAAAGCUGGCAUUGCUGGGGCAUGGUUACCAUUAGAUCACAUUUCGAUUUUUGCUUAUGAAAAGCGAAAUAUUCGCCAAAAAGAUGAACCCAGCCAUUUUGCAUCAACUACCCCAGUCUCCGUAUUUCAUCUCAGACAGGAUGUAGUAUUAUUUCACUCAAAUAUUAAGAAAAUUAGUGAAUGAAUCAAAUGGGGUAUUUCUGUCCAUACAAGCUUUAGUUGGGAAUAAAACACCUGAUAUACGUUCAGAAUUGUUUAAAAUAAGUAGGCAAUAUCGUUCCAUAAUACGAGCUUGUCUAGAAAACCUACAAGAUGAACUCACCAAGUCAAAACCAGAAGAUAAAAUCGAACUACAAAACUACAUCACAGUAUUCUAUUCAAUCGAAUGCAUCUGGCAUUUAUGUGAAAUCCUGUUCAUAGACACAGUGCCGGGAAAUGUAGUGUUAUCUCAAGUUUUAGAGUGGGUCAGGUUCCAUUUCCCAGAACAUGAGAGAAAUGCUGCAAGUAUGCUUGCAGAAAAUAAUAUUGGCUUAGAAGCAAACCCAGAAUAUUGGAAUACAGUUUUGGGAGCAUUAUUGCAGGGACGAAUUCCACUUGUGAGGGCAUUAUUGAAGCAACAUUCUGCAUCUGACAAUAGCACUUUCAGAAUGGUUGACCAGAUUCUCAGAGCUAUGCCUAUAUUUAAUGGUGCUAGUGGUACUCCUAUAAAUGAAUUCAACAUGCAGUGGAGGCAUUGGACGAUGGAUGUACACUCAAAAAUUGAUGCCAAACUUUUCAGUUCUGAAAAAAAUUUAGAUCUUAUGACUAGGCUUAUAGUUGGAGAAGAACAAGCCUGGAUAGAAAUCCAAGACUAUUGUGAGGUCUGGUAUGCUUAUUUGGCAGGUUGGUUAUUUUUUACUGAACCCACUAUCAAGUCAUUUGAGUUAGGUCAAUUUGCGAAAAGGUCAAUUAACAAGUUGAGGAUGAACAAUCAUUUGAAGCAGUUGGAUAAGGUGUUGUUAGCUGCUAUGGAUUUUGAUAUAUUUCAGGUCAUUAAAGAAAUUCAGAACAUGUAUGAUAAUGGUUGGUUUGUGAGCCAUUUAACAGACCUCUUAUAUCAUUGUGGAAGAUUAGUGGACUUGGAAAAAGAAGUACCUGAUUUUUCAGCUGAAAAACUUCGAGAAUCCUUCAUCCUAGAUUAUGGAACAAGCUUGAUGGGCCACAAGUCGUUAUGGCAAGUUGGCUUGACAUAUUUAGACCAUUGUCCGAAUGAUGGUUUACAAAUUAUCGAAUUACUUCUGCCCCGAAUUCACAUGGACACUGAAGCCAAGGCACAGAAGGUUUUGAGAGAAGCCAAAAAUAGAGAGUUAACCCAUGUUGUUCAGAGUGUUUGUAAAGUGCAAGGAAUGUUGUCGAUGCGCAGAGGAAGAUUAGGUAAUGCUCUGUCGUGGGCUUUAAAAUCACAGGACGGUCCAUUCACGUCCUUCUUAGCCGACAAGUAUUUGCAAGAUUAUAUCAAAAGUGGCAGGUUGGGAAGUACCGAUUUGUUGGACAAUUUGGGAUCUGGCAUGCUCGUCAGUGAUAGAUUAAUAUUUUUAGGUAAAUACUAUGAAUUUCAUAAAUUGUAUCAAAACGGGGAGUACAGGGAAGCAGCUGCCCUAUUAAUUUCACUGUUAGCUUCAAAAAUAAUACCUAAAUACUUCUGGUAUGUACUCUUAAUAGAAUCAAUCCCCUUGCUGGAAAGCGCCGACAUGGUAUUUUCCUCAAACGACACAUUCACCAUCAUGCAUUGCUUAGAGGAAAAGAAAGAUUUACCCGAGUUAAACGAUAAAAUAGAAAUCUUAAGAUUAGCUGCUGCCAGAAACUUGUCUAGAGCCUUGACUUUCGAGGCGCAGAUUAACGAAUGAUGUGCUUUUUCUAUCAAGAAGAAAGGCAUUUUAGUUUAAGUGUAUUUGAUAAGUUUUUAAUAAAUAUUUUUUUUACUA